GGGGCCCUGGCGGAGCCACUCAGGAAGCUCUGCUGCCAGGUGACUGCAGAAAGAACAAACUGUCCUCAUCGCCUCUCUCAGCCUUACUUAAUGAUCCAUUCACGCCGUCACCAUCUCCUCUGCUCUUCUUGACCUGCCUCUUUGAACCCUCUAUAGGUCUACAACUGGUUGAAUACCUCCGGGACUGUGUGUUCUGCUCCGAAAAAGCGACAAAAGAAAACCCCUUUUUACAGUUUCUAUUUAUUUAUCUGUUUGUAUUUUCUUUUCUUUUUUCCCCCCUCCCUCUUGUUUGUAUCACGCGUCGUUACGAAAUCAUGCGCUCCUUCGCACCCUGGGCUUUGAGCCUCUUAGGAGCUACUUCGGUAGUCUCUGCCACAGAAACCAAAUCCGACGUCGUUUCCUUGACGCAGGAUACUUUUAAAGACUUCAUUAAGGGACAUGACCUCGUGCUGGCCGAGUUCUUCGCUCCCUGGUGCGGCCAUUGCAAGGCUCUCGCUCCCAAGUAUGAGGAAGCGGCUACGGAAUUGAAGAGCAAGGAUAUUCCACUGGUCAAGGUCGACUGCACCGCAGAAGAAGAUCUUUGCAGAGAAUAUGGCAUCGAGGGUUAUCCGACCAUGAAGAUUUUCCGUGGCGUUGAAUCUCCCAAGCCUUACCAAGGCGCUCGCCAGUCAGAGGCUAUUAUUUCCUACAUGGUCAAGCAGUCGCUCCCCGCUGUGUCAACAGUGACCGAAGACAACAUUGAGUCCGUAAAGUCCUUGGACAAGAUCGUGGUUAUCGGUUACUUCGCUUCUGACGACAAGGCGUCGAACGAAGCUUUUACCACUUUCGCCGAGUCUCAGAGGGACAAUUACCUUUUUGCGGCCGCAAGCGAUGCGGAAAUUGCCAAGGCUGAGGGUGUAAAGCAACCCUCGGUUGUCCUCUACAAAGACUUUGAUGAGAAGAAGGCGAUUUACGAUGGUGUAUUGGACCAAGAGGCCGUCCUUAACUGGGUGAAAUCUGCUAGCACCCCUCUUGUUGGAGAAAUCGGACCUGAGACUUACUCCGGCUACAUCACGGCUGGAGUCCCAUUGGCAUACAUAUUCGCGGAGACCAAGGAAGAACGGGAGCAGUUCACCGAAGCCUUCAAGCCCAUUGCCCAGAAGCACAAGGGUGCCAUUAACAUCGCUACCAUUGACGCUAAGCUAUUCGGCGCUCACGCUGGGAACCUGAACCUGAAUCCCGAGCAGUUUCCUUCGUUCGCCAUCCAGGACCCUGCAAAGAAUGCCAAAUACCCCUUCGACCAGAACAAGGAAAUUAACGCCAAGGACGUCGGUAAAUUCAUCCAGGAUGUUCUUGACAACAAGGUUGAGCCUAGCAUCAAGUCUGAGCCUGUUCCAGAGACCCAGGAAGGCCCUGUGACUGUCGUUGUGGCCCGCUCUUACAAGGAGCUCAUCCUGGACAACGAUAAGGAUGUUCUUCUCGAGUUUUACGCGCCGUGGUGCGGACACUGCAAGGCUCUUGCUCCUAAGUAUGACGAGCUUGCAAGUCUCUAUGCCAACGUUGCCGACAAGGUUACCAUUGCCAAGAUCGACGCUACUGCGAACGAUGUGCCUGAUUCCAUAACCGGAUUCCCCACCAUCAAGCUUUACCCCGCUGGCGCCAAAGACUCCCCGGUCGAGUACGCCGGAUCCCGUUCCGUGGAAGACCUCGCCGAGUUCGUCAAGGAAAACGGCAAGCAUCAGGUUGAUGGCGUCGCCGCCGGCGCUGAGCAAGCCAAGGAAGGUGAUGAUGAUGCCUCGGCUUCUCCUGCCUCAUCCAGCCAAACUGAGGCUCCUGCUGCUACCGGCGACAAGGAGGGACACGAUGAACUGUAAACUUGGAUUCAAUUUCCAAGAUUUAGUUUCCAUAUAGCACUG